AUGAUUCGCCCAAACGACGCGUUAACUGUAGAGACGGACGAAGAGUUACUAAAGCUCCAAGAAGAAUUCUUUCGGAACAAAGAGUCACCGGCGGCAAGAGUAAUCAAACAGAGUAAGCCACCAGUCGUACAACAAGCUAUAAUUGAUAAUAAUGAGGGUAACAAAGAGCCUGAAGAAGACGUCCAGAGUUCGCCCCUCACUACAAACAUUAUAGGCGCAGUGAUCGAAAGAACCGCUACUGGCGUUGUUCUGCCCCCGUCAUCUUCGACGGCUGGCUCUUUUAAAGGUGGCUUCCCUGAACCCACUCACCGAAGCCGAUUUCGAAAAAAGAGAAAUGAAAUCAAUCUGGAAAGUCAAGUUGCAGGAGAGAACCAUGAUCACACGCUUCAAUCUUCCUAUGAGGGGCAGCAAUUUCCUCAAUCCGUCUAUGAAGAAAUACAUCAAGAAAAUUUACAAAGACUGGAAAAUAUGUCUUUGGAUGAAAUUCUUGAAGCGCAAGCAAUGCUUCGACAAACACUUUCACCAGAAGUCUUAAAAAGACUAUCGUCUAAGCGUCCCAAAGCCACAAGACAUUCAGAUGAUGUUGCGAUGGAAAUUGAUCAAGAAGAUGAUUCAAUGCCGUUAGCAAUGAAGGAAAAGUAUUUUUCAGACAUUCCAGCCGAAUUGGACAAACUAGAAUGGAUGGGCGUAACUAACACAGGCGCAAAAUCUUCUUCUUCUUUACGUUAUGAUGAGAAAGUUCGCCCGCAUGUAGCUACUGCGGCAGACCCUCCAGCUGCUUCAUUUAGAUUUGAUUUCAGAGGUAACCUUGUCGAAAAGAACGCUGAAGUGCCUGUUUUUGUGGGUCUUCAUCAUCAUGGUGACGAUCCUGAUCAACCAGGAUAUACUCUUGCAGAAAUGUUUCAUUUGAUGAGGAGCCAAGUACCAAGUCAACGAGUGAUUCCAUUGAAUGUUGUGUCCAGGAUUCUCCGUAAGGUUCGAAAUAAUCACUAUGGUGACAAUGUUAGUCGUGAUAUCAGUUCCUGGAUGAUUAAAAUGAAAGCGUUUUUGUAUUUGAGAACUGCUUUAGACGAUACAUUCGAGACUGUGCUAGUUGCAGCCAUUGAUGCCCUAGCAGCAUGGGUAAUCGGUGAUAAUAAAGAAUUCACUGAAGAAGAACAUAUCUGGGAUCGUUCUGAUAGUUUGCAUCGUGGUUAUCAAAGUAUAUGUCUACAACCUCGGAAGCAAUCACAUGUUAUGAAGCAGUUCGGUAUGGAAUUAUCAAUGAAUGGUUUUGGAGUAAACGAUGAUGAUGAUGAUGGCGAAAGCACAGAACAUCAUAUUAACCUAACGUCAAGGGAUCUAGUCGCUGGACUAUUAGCUAUGGGCAUUCAACUACGUUUUCAGUAUCUAUUAAGGGCCGAGAAUUUGCCUUUGAUCGCUGAGAAGCAAAUGUUGCAAAUUUUGUUGCGAUUUACUCGACAUUCGGUUGAUGCGGCCGAAGCAAUCGCCGACUGUCAUGGCCUCCUAGAGAUUCUCCAUCGAAAAUAUAUCAGCAUAUCAUGGCCAUUGACCAAUUUUGAAGAGAUGAAUAUAACAGGAUACAUGACUAUACUGGCCAUCAGACUCUGGCAAACAUUGUGUACGGCAUCGAUUAGGAUAAGUCGUGAUCUUAUUGAAAAUAAUUACGUGGAAACUUUGUUGAGGUAUUUAGUAGUGGAUCCAUCUUCAUUAUCGACUGAUUUUGAAAGGCUUAUUGGAUAUGAGAUUGUUAAGGAAGUUCUUAUGACAUACCGGUGCCUUGCUGCCCACGGACUAUAUCGCAGUAUUUUAUCUGAAGCAUAUACAAUUCUUAGAGGUUGGAUCAUGAGUACUGUUUAUUCACUGAAAAUGUUUUGGGAAUGGGAAACAUCUGAUGACGAUAGCAUAAUGCAACGUAAAUUAGAUAUUGCCAUAGCCUUUUUUUCAUUAAUGGAGACGUUGAUGCAGCGGUCGGAUUCUGAUAAAGAUAAUAAUCAAGUCGGUGCUCGUCCUAGUGAAUUUGUGCACGAUGCAAUCGAGUUAUUACAGAGAUGGACAGCAUCUGCUCCAGAUAUGAACGCGUCAGUUAUGGAUGAUGUUAAUACCAGCUAUGUCGAAAAAUCAUUUGUUUUGAUUUCACGCACUACUGGAUAUUUAGCUGCAUGGAGCCAAUAUUUGAGUAAUUAUAAUGUUACAGAUAUGAGCAAAAUAAAGAGAAUGUGGGAAUAUUUGGCUUUAGGAGAAGAGAAACCAACAAAUCUACAAGAAGUUAUUAUUACGCGACUGCGCAACCUUCUAUCGUCGAGUGCGCUGCUUAACAUAGAAUCAUGGGAAUUACCUAAUUUGCCCGGAGUCUAUAAUCCAAACAGAUUAAAGAGCGUGCGGUACAUUCUUUCAAUCUCAACCGCUUGCGAUGCUCUUUUCACUCGAUUAUCGUUAAUACGCUGUAUUCUUCAGUUAUUCCCCGAAGAUGCACAGAUUUAUUCGUCGACUCUAAACAUUCUUACUAGGAAUGAGAUUUUAAAUUUAUUACAAUGCUCUCUAACUUAUACGCCCAGUGGGCGUUGGUAUGAUUUCUUUGGUCGAUGGAAAACUUAUUUACAUCAUGAAUGGAUCUGUUGUUUGAAGCUUAUUGUCGAUAAUAAUCAUGUGCAUUUGGAUGAUACCAGAGGCAAAUAUUUGCAGAUGAUCGCACUGAACGCUUUUGCGUUGGUGCCACAUGUUCUACCGGGAGAUGAACAGAUUGCUUUAACAACUGUAGAGCAGAUGUUCGACGCCUUGGCUAAAUCAACUCAAUUGUUGGAUUUAGAUUUCCAAGAAUGCCAGAAGCUCUGGCCUUUCUAUAGAAACCGGAUCAUUAAUGGUAACCCAUCAGAAGAUAGCAGUAAUUAUUUCAACCAGCAACACUUUUUAAUUAGUCUAGAUGCUAAACAUAAUGGGCUACCUCUGUCAAAGGGUUGGAUAUUCAUUCCGAUAGAUGAGUUUUACUCUAAAGCUGAUAUUGUUGUUGAUGAUGAUGUGAAGAAAGAUACAAUUCAACAUUGUCUAACACUUGCAUGGCAAGUUUUGGGUUUAUAUGAUCUGCAUCAGGAUAUUGUGGACAUGCCCAUUAAUCCAGCCAUAACGGUGAUAUCAUUGAUGAAAAUAUUUCUAAUAGAGGGGGAAGUAUAUCGGAAUUCGUCAGUUGAACUAUGGAUCGAAAAAAUCUUGAAUUAUUAUAUUCUCAAGGAUAACGAGACAAUUGAUUAUAGUUCGUCAACCACUACUUUCUUAGAAACUGCGGCAGAGUCUGUCUUGCGUAUUCCAUUUUAUCAACUGUUCACUGAUUUUACUGCCGCGUAUGCUGCCGAAUCACUUGGACACAGACAAUUUGCUCGUCUGGUAUUGACUCCGCUAAGUGGGUUAUAUUCUGUAGAGUACAAGAUGCUCGUAUGGAGUGAAUUAUAUGAUGUGCUGGGGACCAUCUCAGUGACAUACGAAGAAGUCAUAUGCAUAGGCGAAUCUUCUAUUCAAGGAUUCCAUGCUUAUUUCUGGCCUAUAGAAACUAACAGGGCUGUACUAGAGAAUUUUGUACGAGCGUUAGUUAACUUCAAAAUAUCCAAAGCUUCAACACCGUUCUUGUAUUGGAUGGUUAUACAUCAUUUAUCUGGUUUCAUAUUCUGGAGAAAGCGUACCAACCAGAAUGACGAAAGUUUCAGAAUCGUAAUAGCAAGAGCAGUCUAUACUAGAGCUGACCAAGGUAUAAUUAAUGAUUGGAUUGGGUACACGGAAAAGAACUUUCAAAAUGAUAGAAUACUUGUAUCAAUGCCUGAAUGUUUCGGUGAAGUCGAGAGCUCUCAAAGGGAAUCAAGGAUAGAUUGGUUGAAGAGCAUUUGUGAAUAA